AUGUCUUUACCAGUGAGUUCAACCUCCAGUCCACAACCAAAAUCCACAUCUUCUUCUCUCCCGAUCCAAGAUGAACUCAUUGUGAGCUGUUUUGCAAGGGUUCCAAGAUGUGACUACCCUUCACUAUCUCUCGUCUCCAAACCUUUCAAUCGUCUGAUUGCUUCCCCCGAGAUAAAUCUAGUACGUUCACUCUCUCAAUCCACUGAAAACGUUCUUUAUGUUGCCUUGAGAAACAAUCACGAACAAAACCCUGUUUGGUACACUCUGAACCAGAAACCAAACAGGGAAGGAUCUCACCCUCGUAACCAUAAGUUGGUUCCAUUUCCCUCUUUCCCUUCUCUCCCUCGUUGGGGAGCUUCUGUUACUGUUGUAGGCAACGAGAUCUAUGUUUUCGGGGGAUGCAUCGAUGGUGAGAUCACCUCUAAUGUGUUUGUUUUCGACUCCCGAUUUGGCACGUCUCGGUCUCUUCCUAGCAUGCGUGUGGCACGUGUCAACGCUGCGUUGGGUGUUGUAGAUGGGAAGAUUUAUGUGAUCGGAGGGUGUAAAAAGGAGGUUUCGUUGGAUAUCGAGGUUUUGGACGUGAAGACGCAAACAUGGGAGUGUUUUUCGGGUUUGUGUAAGGAAGAGUUGUUGGAGAGAACAGUCAAGAGUCUUGUGAUGAAAGAGAAGAUCUACAUAAUGGAUUCUGCACAAACCUUUUUUUACGAUCCUAAGACAGGUAAGUGGGAGGAUGACAUCGUGCUGAAUGAAGAAUGGAGAUUUGGUUCGUGCGUUAUUGACAAUAUGUUGUACACUUUUGAUCGUUGUUCGAGUAAGAUACGGAUUUAUGAUCCAAAAGCUAAUUCCUGGACAUUCAUGAAGAGUGCUGAAGAUCUACCUGAGAAGGUGAAUUAUUUUGUUGGAUCCAGAAUGGCGAAUCAUGGCGGAAAACUUGCGAUUGUGUACAUGAAUCCUAAUUUCAAGUAUGGCAACACAGAGGUAUGGUACACAGAGAUUGCAUUGGAAAAGCGAGAAGGCAAAGAGAUCUGGGGGAAAGUCUUGUGGACUAAUCUUGUGAAGACUAUGAACUAUUGGCCAACCAUUGAUCAUUGUUUAGAUGUAAUAGUUUGA